AUAAUAUGCUGGAAAAAUAGAUAUCCAUCAGCUGAAUGGCACUCGGUUAACAUCUUUAAAUGCUUGUUCAAGGCUCAUUUUGAUGUGCUCAUAAAAACUUGUCGCUUACUCUGCCGUAUUGGAGCAUAAAAGCAAGUUUAGGUUGGACGUAGCCCAACACAAACAAAGCCCUCGGCUUCUAUACAAGACAAGAAAAGAUAGUAGAAUACGGUAGGGAAAUUCCAUAAUAUGAGGUUUUUGGAGGUUUACCCGGAUCCCAGCACAGUUUUUUCAUUUUCUGCUGGAAACCAGAUUCUCUAUUUCAGGGGACAGAUUUUCUUCAAAACAAGAGGAUAACCCAUCAGUGAAUAUGUAGCAUCUUCCAUUACUGUUCCUCCUGCUUCUUCAAGAAGGUGGUCUGAAGUUUGGGUAGAGUUUGUUAUGCUUGACCCCGAUGAACAAAGGAGAUAUGAACAACUCCAUGGAGAUUCAAAAGAGAGAGCUAAAUGUAUACACUGUGGGAAGGUUUUAAUUGGUGAGUCUCGUUCAGGAACUGAAUACCCCACAUCCAACUUAUAUUUUGAAAAUGUAUACCAAAUUCAGAAAAAGACUGAGAAAGAACUUCUAUCUGAAGAUCCAAUCAUGAAACAAAUGGCAAUAAAGAUGAAAAGCAAGUUGCAAAUUAUUGGGAGGAACAUGCUUUGGUACCAUUUUUUGCAGCCAUACUUGACCCUCAUUUUAAGUUCCAACUGUUGCAGUUUAUUUUCUCACAAUUGGGUCCAGAAUAUGAAAACAAGCGGUAAGGUGUUCUUGAACAAAUGAAGAAGCUUUUCCAAGAGUACUGGAGUCAAUUUGGCAGGCAGUCAUUUGCUUUCAACAGUGAUGAUAAAGGAGCUAGUCAAAGAGUAAUUUAUCAAGAUAUGAGAGUAAAACGUGGGUUUGAAACUUUGGGUUUCAUUGCACAAAAAUAAAACAGCUUUGACUUUCAAGAGUAGCCUCCUCUCCAGUCGGCCUUCAGUUGCAAAGUUGAAAGCUUUUCAGGGUGAGUUGUCUCUGUCUGAGUAGCUUAAUUUAUUUCAAUUUUCCAAAAUGUUUAAUCGUCCUGGCAGAAGCAUUAGUGUUUUAAUUAGGCUUUCACACAUUGUUAUGAACAAUAUCUCCUCAAAACCAUUCUUAUUCCUCAGAGUUAGAUGCAUCUCAAAGACCUGUUCCGAUGCAUCUCAGUCUUUUACAGUCUCUUACCUCAGAAACAAACUUGGGUUCUCACCAGAAUCUGCUUUGGUAGUUUCCAAGUAUGUCCAUUUCAAAACCCCGGAUAAACCUGAUAAUGUGAUAGCAUUCUUGGAGAAACGUGGAUUUUCGGAAACCCAAAUCAGACAAGUCAUCAAGACUCGGCCAAGUCUGCUGUGUUGUGAUUUUGAGAAAACACUGUUGCCCAAAAUCCAGUUUUUCCAAUCUAGAGGUGUUUCAAGCCCUGAACUUUCCAAACUCUUAUAUUACAACCCCAGGCUUUUAUCUUGUAGCUUACAGAAACAGAUUAUCCCUUGUUUCAAUCAGCUUAGCAAUCUGCUUCAAUCUGAUUCCAAGGCUAUUACAGCUAUAAGACGCAAUCCAUAUCUUAUUCCAUGUAAACUUGAUGCUUAUAUGUUACCUAAUAUCAAAACUCUGAGGGAUAAUGGGGUGCCUGAAUCAAAAAUCAUAUCAAUGUUUAAUUACCACCCUAGAUCUUUUGUCAUGCACCCUGAUCGGUUUAAGGAGAUUGUGAAGGAAGUGAAGGAAAUGGGGUUCAAUCCUUUGUUGCUUAAAUUUCUUCUUGCUGUCAUUAUGUUUAGAAAAGUUAGCAAACCUGCAAUGGAGAGGAAGUUUGAUGUUUACAAGAAGUGGGGUUGGUCUGAACAAGAGAUUUGGGAAGCUUUUCGAAAGUAUCCGGGUGUUUUGGAAGCAUCCAAGGAGAAGAUUGCAGCAAUAAUGGAUUUUCUAGUGAACAAAAUGGGUUUUCAGUCUUUGCUCAUUGCCAAUCAACCAAGUAUUUUUGGACGGAGCUUGGAAAAGGUGAUUGUUCCAAGGGGUUUGUUUGCUCAAGAUUUGUUAUCAAAAGGUUUAAUUAAGGACUUUAGAUUGUCGGCCCUGUUUGGCACUUCAGAAAAGGUGUUUGUUCAGAAAUUUGUUAACCAAUAUGAAGACAAAGCACCGGAGUUGUUAAAGCUGUACAAAGAAAAAAUGGAUCUUGCUGUAGGAUACAAACAUAGAUCAGGAUAGUAGUAGGACAACAUUUCUGAAUUUAACUUUUUUAUCCAAUUGAAUUUGUUGAUCUCAAACUUACUCAUGAUUGAAUUAAUGAGUGCAAUUAGUACAAUAUUUUUAGCAGAAUUCACUUUUGUCAUCAAUGAAACUCUGAACUGACUGUUUUAUGUGGUUUAGUACUUAUCUUGCUUGAAAUGCAACUGUGAAAUGAGUCUCACUUGCAGACUUACCUGUCAAUGGUGUUCUUUUUCACGCAACUUUUGCUUCUUGCUUUUCAUUUGUUUAAAGUUAUGAAGGUCAAAUUGUCUGUUGUUUUGAUGCAGCUUUGUCAUUAUAGUUUUAAUUACUAUAAUUCUGCCACCAAGUAUAGGGAGAGUGGGAAAUAGAGAAAAUAAGGUUAUAUUCUUCAAGGUUUACACUGGUCUUACUGGUGUCUGGAUUGAGGACAAACAGCAAAUCCACAUAGGAGAGGAAGUUUAAUGUUUAUUAUCAGUGUUCUUGGAUUGAUAGAGAGUUACCUAGCUUUUCGGAUGAGUCCCUUGUAUUUGACAGCAUCUGAGAAAAAAUUUAUGGCUAUAACAUAUUUCUUGUAAAAAAAUGGAGCUUGACAAAGUCCUGUCACCAUAUCUUGUUGUAAGGUGACAAGAGUGCUUGGAUCUCUAGUUUUU